AUGUCGACCUUCUUGAGCAAGCUCAAGCCGAGCGCAGUAAGUCGCGCAGAGAACCUUGAACACUCCGAGUCCCCUCCAACCAACCUUGACGUCGUCCUUUACGCCGCGCGCGACAAAUUCGUCAAUUUUUGGCAGUUCCUGUCACUCGCCAACAAUAACAAGAAGAAGGAGGAGCCACCGCCAGAGCAAACUCCGCUCGAGAAGAUGUUGAUGAAUGCCGGCCCGAUUCGCGAUGAUGGAACAGACAAGUUUUUUGGACUUGAGAACUUCGGAAAUUCAUGGUACACUCUCAGACUCCAUUACUGCAACUCUAUCCUCCAAGCACUCUACCACUCGGACACGUUCCGCGAAAAUGUCGUUCGAUUCCCACCAUACUCCCCGGCUGGCACGCCGAACGGCAAGCCAAGAAAGGUUGUCGUCAACUUUCGCAAGCCCUCCGAUCCUCCGCCCAAAUCGCCGCUCGUGCCAGGGACUGCCGCCGCCGCUGCCAUUGCCGCUGUCACCAAGGAGACGCCCCAGCAACCAACAGCCAAGGGACGGCCAGCGGCCAACCCAGGCCAGCAACCGAAUGGCCAGCAGGGCACUCGUCCCGAGGACAAGCCGGAUACACCAGAAUACAAGAAGAAGCAGGCGAUGAUCAAGGGUCCCGUGCUCGAUCUGACAGACAACGCGAGCGCAUAUGGUAUGGAGCAGAGCACAUUUACGAGCGUCAAGGACAUUUUUAUGGCCUGGAUCGAGAGCGACUCCCGCACCGGCGUGCUUAGUCCCAUCCACCUUCUCGAUAUGUUCCGCAGAGACAACGAACUUUUCCGCACAUCUAUGCACCAAGAUGCACACGAAUUCUACGGCCUGAUGCUGAACGACAUCAUCAAGAACGUUGAGGAGGCCGCCCUGCAGCGCCAGGAAGAGGACAAGGAAGGCCUCAAGAAGUCCGUUCAGGCAGCACUUGGUGACAGCCAGUCUCGUGACGAGACGUUCCUUGAUCUGUCUAUCGAUCUGGAGGAGCAUUCGUCUGUUACGUCCUGCCUGCGCAAAUUUUCCGCCGAAGAGAUGUUGUGCGAGCGUAACAAGUUUCACUGCGACCAUUGUGGGGGUCUUCAGGAGGCCGAGAAACGCAUGAAAAUCAAGCGGCUGCCAAAGAUUUUGGCCCUGCACCUCAAGCGCUUCAAGUACUCGGAGGAUUACACCAAGCUCGAGAAACUGUUCCAUCGCGUCGUCUACCCUUACCAGCUGCGCAUGUUCAACACCACCGACGAAGCCCAAGACCCAGACCGCUUGUACGAACUAUACGCGGUUGUGAUACACAUUGGCGGCAAUGCGUACCACGGACACUACGUCUCAGUGAUUAAGACGAAAGAGCGUGGCUGGAUCUUGUUCGACGACGAAAUGGUGGAGCCGGUUGACAAGCACUAUGUGCGCAAUUUCUUCGGCGACAAGCCCGGCACCGCGUGCGCGUAUGUGCUCUUCUACCAGGAGACAACGUUUGAGAAGAUGCAGGCGGAGCAGGAGCUCGAGGGUCUCGAGGAAAUUCGGCUCGCCAACAUGAGCGCCGGCCUGGCUUUGUCCCCCGAAGAACAGGCGCUGCGGGCCAACGGCAUUCAGAACGGCACCGGCUCCCUAUCUCGUCAAGUCACGCAACCGGCCGUUGCCUCGCCCGCUGAUUUGCGCGAAGAGUUUAUCGGCCUGGAGCACGCAAGGACCGCACCCGGAGCCGUUCUAACGCCGAUCUCGAGUGCACCUAACGUGCCGCCUUUGCCAGCGGGCAUCUCCGAUUCGACUACAUCACCAGCAGCACCAACACCGAUUGCUCCGGUUGUACCGCCUGCACCAGCCGUGAAUACCAAGCUGGAGGCGGCUCGCCUCAAGGAGGAGAAGGAGCGCGAAAAGAGAGAAGCCAAGGCGGCCGAGAAAGCUCGAAAGGUGCAGGAGAAGGAGAAUGCGAAGGAGCUGGAGCGGCAGCGCAAAGAACGUGAAAAGGAGCGGGAGGCACAGCGAAAGGCCGAUGCCGAGGAAAUGCGGAGGGUGAUUGCCGCGAGCAGGCAGACGGCAGCCGAGGAGAAGGACGCGCGCAAGAACAGCAUCGACAACGCGGCAGGUGGUGGCAAGGCGGCCGGCUUCCUAAGCCGCAGUGGGCGCGGUAGCAAGUCCAUGUCGCGCAAGAGCUUCAACUUCCUGGCCAAAGAAAAGCUGGAGAAGGCGACCAUCCCCGAGUCGCCAUUCAGCAGUGAACAGACCACGGCGUUGAGCAAUGGGUCCACCAACGGCAGCAGCGUGGCCUCUUCCAACGCAGCAAUUCCACCGACGGCGCCACUGGCCCAGACACAGUCGCCAACAUCGUUGCCGCCACUACCUGAAUUGGCCCAAGCCGACAAGCCGGUGCGCAAAGAGCGGUUCAGCUUCAGCUUGGGCCGAAAGAAGAGCAACACGUUCCUUUAA